AUGCUAUCUGGAUUUAAGGCUUUACCAGAACUUAAUGUGUCUCAUCUGCAAUUUGUUGGUGAUACACUUAUCUUCAUAGAUGCAAAAGAAGAGGAAGUUGAAAAUAUGCUCAUGAUACUGCAAGGAUAUGAGGCAAUCAUUGGAUUAAAGGUAAACCUAGAAAAGAGCACAUUUAUCAGCAUUGGUGCAGAUCACAAGAUUCAAGACAUUGCAAAAAUUCUAAAUUGUAAGAUGGAAACUCUACCUAUCAAGUAUCUUGGCAUGCCACUUGGAGCCACAAGGAAUCAAUCAAGGAUAUGGGAGGUAAUUUUGGACAAGUUUAAGAGUAAACUUGGUAAGUGGAAAAGGAGAUUUCUAUCCAUAGAUGCUAGAAUAGAACUCAUAAACAGUGCAUUAACCAGCUUUCCUGUAUACUACAUGUCACUGAUUCAAAUGCCUGUUUCUAUGGAAAAAAGAAUGAUGAAGUACAUGAGUGAUUUCUUAUGGGGAGUUACUUCAGACAAGAAAAAAAAAUGUUGGAUUGCUUGA